AUGUUCUCACCCCUACACUGUGGUGAGCUCUGGGUUGGGCAGGAGAAGCUUGGAGGGUCCAGCCAAUGGAUGUGUGAACUUGAAUUGGAACCUCCCAUCCAACUCCUUGUGCUCAAUGAGGAGGUUGGUCUUGCAAAACUUGAUGUCCAUCCAACCUGGUUCAGUAGGCUCUCUAUCAGUUGGGUUCACUCCAGCAGCACACAAGAUAGGUGUGAUGAGCCCUCCAACACUAAGCUUUCUUCCUCUUUGGUGCCUAGUGUUGUAGGCUGUGAUCUUGUAGGUGAGGAGCUGGUCAAGGAAGGCAUCAAGUUCCCUGUGUGA